AUGGUUCGAAUGCUUUAUCAAAAUGGCGACAAAGUACUCAAUACGGUCAACGAUAACAAAGAGCCUUUUUAUAUGCAACUCGAAGCUCUAAUGAGACGCGAGAACAGUGAAAAGAAGAUGCCGCCACAUGAAAACGGACAAACAGAAAGACUGCAGGGUCCUUCGAAUGGCAAGCCAGUUGUUUUCCCGCAGGUGUUCAUGAAUCACGCUCAGAAUGGGAGCAAGAAACAUUCAACAAAUUCAGUGAAAGAACCAAUCUCUCCUUUUCUCAACUUCAGUUCUAUGGCGGAACCGAAGAAUUCCCCGAUUGUAAAUUUGUUUUCGAAGCCCUUCGAUGUUUUUUCCACGCAUGCUCUUUUUCCGAAAUCGGUGGACACUACUUCUAGCGGGAACGGGAGCCGCGAAAUGCCUGUGAUGGACGAACUGAUCACCAGACAAAUGAAUAUUUUAAAGCGCCAAGAAGAACUUCAGCGUCGUGCAGAACUUCUAUAUGAGAAACAGAUGGCCAGGGAAACGAGAAUUGAAGAUAGCGUGGCGUCGCUUGGCAAGGCAGCGUCCCAUCUCGAACAAAUCGGAGAGUUCCUGCUUAAUGCUUGUCGUUACGCUAGUCUUACUGGAGGCACUUUCAGCCCAAAUAACAACACCUGA